GGACGCGGACGCGACGCGACGAGCACGUUAGCUUAGCCAAAAGUUGGAGCCGCCUCCUUUGAUUUCUUUUCCCGAGAGCGCGAGCGAGUGUUCGGCGAGCUUCUUCCCCCGGCGCCACUCUCGCGACGACGCCUCGGGGCCCAAUUAGUAAUGUGUCCUUUGUCGUGAAACGGCGACAAUCGGCGAGGGAUUCAGGAGGACACGUAACGUCCCCUGCUCAAGCCACUGACGACAGCGUCGCUUUGGUGAACCGGAACCGACAUGGAGUCCAAACGGGACGCGUCCGAGGAGGACGACUGGGACGACAAUCGGAGCCGGCGGUCGAUCGGGAGCGCGAAGAGUCGAGCGUCCUCCGCCAAAAAGCAGAAGCGCUACAAGAACUUCCGGGACAGGAUCCGGGUUCCGGAAAAAGACAUCUCCAAAAGCCAAGACUACGCCACGGAUCCGGGCCGGGACCGGGACCGGGCGUCGGACGGCGAGGGGCGACGGAGCAAGGGCGCGUGUUAUUCGGACGACGACGACGACGACGACGAGGAGUCGGAGCGCUCGCUCUCGCCGUACGUGCGGGAUCGGGCGCCGUCGCCGCCUGCGCGUGGCAGCCGCAUUUCCAGCGCUUCGCCCUACAACACGGGUUUAGAGAAGCGGGUUCGGGCCCGGCCGCCGCCCCGUCCGGGCCGCGGCCGAGCGGUGCGCUCGCACAGCAAGGAGUCCCCCCCCCCCAAAGACCUGGACCCCCUGACCAGGCAAAUGCUGUCGGGCCGUCUGCUGAAGAUCAACGAGCUGCGCAACGUUCACGCCGAGCUGCAGCUACGCAUCGCGGAGCUGCAGAAAGAGAACCGCGUUCUCAAGCAGCUUCAGACGCGCCAGGAGAAGGCCCUGCGGAACUAUACGGACGCCGAGAGCAAAAUCUCGCAGAUGCUGUCGUGCCACGCCAACGAGACGCACGUCCUGCGCGAGCGUCUGCGGCGCGCCCGCGAACGGGAGCGCGCCGCCGAGCGCCGCCUGAAGGAGAAGGACGAGCGGCUGCUGAGGAGCCACGACGCCGCCGGCCGCAUGAAGAAGCUGCUGGAGCAGCGGCAGCUGGGGGAGCGCCAGGAGCUCAGCUGCCAGCUGGACCAGGAGAGGGCGCGCACCCACGAGGCCCAGCUCAAAAUCAAGGAGCUGGAAAGGAACUCGGAGCUGAGCAACGGCAGCCACCAGCGGCAACUGGCCGCCGAGAGGAAGAAGACGCUGAGCGCGCAGGAUGACAUCAAGAGUCUGCAAAAGGAGCUGGAGCAACUCGCCAAUAAACUCAGGGAAAAAGAACGGGAAUUGGAAACCAGGAACAUUUACGCCCACCGCACGGGAAAAGUCUCACCGAGGAAAGUGACCGACGGCGACACGAAAUCCAGACUCUUCAGCAGGACACACAGCAAAGCGGUGCAGACGCACGGGCGCAGCGGCGGCCCCGAUUUCCCCUCGCCUCCGCCCGCCUCGGCGGACUACGGCGAUUCGGCCCCUGACGGAUACCUGUCGCUCAAGCAAGUGGACGAGGCGGACGGCGGACCAAGACCAAGCCGGGAACAGCGGAAGACGACGAGCGAAGACGCAACGGGAACCUCCGGGGAAGGGAAGCGGACGGAGGAGGAAUGUCAACGACGCGCCCGCGAUGUUCUCGAAGCCGAGGCCGACGUAUUCAGAGACGACGUACGGAAAGAGGAGGAGGAGCACGAGAUGGGCAGCUUGUUGACCAAUCAAAUACGCGAGAGCGUCCCCGUCCUCGAGGAAGCGGGCCGGCGGCGGAACUGCCGCGAGAGCGCGGACGCCGGCGAGGCGCGUCGCAUGAAAGACCAGCUGCUGGCCAAGAUGCGCGAAAUCGACCUUCAGAACGAGGACGCACGGGACCCCGUCUUCGUCGACUCGUCCGAGUCCAACGCGCCCGAGACGCCGUCGCCGGGCGGGCCGGGUCGGCGAAGCCUGCGCUCCCUCAAGGUCGAAGAGGACCCGGUCUUCGGAAGCUACGCGUCCUCGUUCGGGAACCCCCGGCAAAGCGCGGCCGGGGAGGACGGCGACCGCGCGCUGGAGGCCAUCGGCGUCUUUAGCCUCAAGAGGGCGGAGGCGGAGGAAAAGAACAAGAAGUCCACGCUAAUGCGGCAGCUGUUCGGUUCUCUGGCGGCGCCGUCGGGCGACGCUCGCAAAACGGAGCUGUCGGACUACUCGACGGGCGGCAACGAAGCGCGGGGAGGAUCGCGAGCGGCGGGGCGCCUCGACGCUCGGCACGUGGCGGACAGCCGGCCCGCCGUCCGCGCCGUCGCCUCCUUCGACGACGACAUCGAGGAGCUCACCUUGUAGCUCAGGUUACGACGUUCGGCUCCAUAUCGGCCGUGUGUUUUUUUACCUUCAAGGUUGUUGUUUACUUUUUGUGGUAGUUGCAAACUAAGGCAUGGAAAAUCUCAUUACGUAGGGAAAGUUUGGAAAGGUAUCAUAUUCAAGCACAAAUAGAAACAUUUUGUUUUGUCAUAAACACACGAGCGGCACGGCGGACGACUGGUUAGCACAUCUGCCUCGCAGUUCUGAGGACCCGGGUUAAAGUCCAGCCUGCCUGCAAGGAGUUUGCACGUUCUCCCCGUGGUUUCCUCCCACCUUCCAAAAAACAUGCAUGCUAGGUUCACCGAAGGCUCUAAAUUGCCCGUCGGUGCGAAUGGUUGUUUGUUGAUAUGUGCCCUGCGAUUGGCUGGCGACUCGUUCAGGGCGUGCCCCGCCUCUCGCCCAGAGUCAGCUCUGACAAGCACCGGCACACAUGCGACCCGCGUGACGAGAAGCGGUUCAGAAAAUGGAUGGAUCGAGAAACGCACAAUCGUGCAAAUGUUCUGAUUAUUACUUCGGAUUUCUGCAACUUCCCAGAAUUUUCCAACCCGAUGUCUGAGUGUUUUGCUAGUGCUAGUUGCACUUUAAUUUAUUGCACUUGGUACACUAAACAAAGUGUUUUUUGUACUUAUUUAUUUGUGACAUUUAAUAUUUUUAGUGUCUGAUUAAAUGUGCACUCUUUAAAAAAUGGUUUGUCCGUUUUGUGGAGGACAUCUAAAGGGACAAGUCAUGAGGUAGACAUCCGACAAUAAAAUGUAGAAUGAAUGUAAUCAACGGGGGGCAAAAGUAGGUAUACGCUUUUUUUUCCAUUUUACAUGAUUUAUUCACUCAUUUUGGGAGCUAUAUUCCACACCAACCUGCAAUAGUUGAAAAUCCGCAAUAUACAGACCAUAUCGUUUCAAAGGUUUCACGCUUUAAAAACAUCUCAACGUUAAAACACUUUUUUUUUUUUUUAAACACCUUGUAAACAUAUUUGAAAAUUAAAAAACCAGAAAAGACUACCGAGUGUAGCGCACGAGCUGUGGCAAACAGCAGCUUCUGCGUGUGUGCGCUCCAAAUGUUCUCUUCAUCUUAUUAAAGGCUGGGGUACCUGAAAAGGGAUGGUUUUGGAGAU